CAAGCGUUUUGUCGCUUUAUCCGAACGUGCCGUUAUUUUCGGCGUCUUCAUUCAACAUUUCCGAAAGAAACGGAGAGCAAAGGGGGAGAGAAAAUUGUCCGGUCGAUCAGCCGGGAAUGAGCGGAUGGUAGCACGUUCGAUUGGUAGCUUUUAUGACACAUGACGAAUGAAUUGAAAUGAUUGAAGUUAUUGUUUCUUGAAUCGGGUUAAUCGCAGUGAAGUUUAUUCUCAUUUUUCACGUUGUUCCAAGCUUUUCGUUGUUUUUUGUUUCCUCUUGAAAGCGUGGUUUUAACUCGGCGACAUUCAUGAAGUCCAACGCUCCGCGACGUUGCUCGUGCUUGUUUUGUCCUUCCUAUUCGUUCAAUUAGCGUGCUUGGCGAUGUGUCGAAACUCGCGAUGAAGUGACUCGAGCAGAAAAGGAUUUAAAAAAGGAAAAUUUUUCGCACUUGGAAUACGUGGGCCGGUGCAGUCACCCAUACGGUAUGGCAGACACGAGCGUAUUGCGUUCCACGCUUCGGCUCCUGUUGCUGCUGACGGUUGCUGUCCUCGCUGCCGUUGGCAGCAACACGAAGCAAGCAUCGUUGGAAGCAUCAGCGCAAACUUUUUUAGCGACGCCGAGGAGUGCGAAUAAUACGCUUAACGUGACAGGCUUGGGGGCGAGAGAGAGAGAACAUUUAUCCCCAAAGGUCCAUGAGCUCGAGAGCGUAAAAGCGAAAGACGUGUCUUGGGAUGAAUAUAACGGAGAGGAGGAUGAGCAAGGGGACGGAGAGGAUGAGCCCGAGGACGAAGAGACGGAUGAGAGUGACGCUGAGGUGGACGAGUACGAGGAUGAACUCAGGGAAAUCGCCGAGUCUCAUGAGGCCAUGGCGAAGGACCAGAGAAGAAACGGAAUAUCGAAUGCUACCCAUCCGACAAGUUUGGUCAGCAAGAAUCAAAGCUUUGCACCGACGAGUUCUGAUCCCCGUAAGAACACCGACGGAUUUAUGUUCUAUGAAAGCUCACUUUCAAAAGGAUCAGUGGCCGACGAUGAUGAGGAGCAGGUGGCCGAACUUCUGAGCUACAAACAAAAGGCUGCGUCCGUGCUGCUUGGGGAAAAACUCGUCAGUGGGAAUUCAGAACUUGGCACAAAGGUUAAACGCGUACCGACCGUGAAGAAAGAGCUCAGCUCGCAAAAAGAGAUUCUCAAUGGAAACGAAACACAGCUAUCUCUGCCAAAGACACUCGCCUCCGACAUCGACAUUCUCAACCGUCUUGACGAUGACACAAAAACCGAAACGAGAUACGAAUUACCGAUUUUUUCGAGGGACGCCGAUCGAUACGAGCCACUCGUGCGUGACGAUACGAGUUUCGACGAGGAAUAUUCCGAGUUCGAGGCUCCCGGUGAUUUACUACGAAAGCUAGACAAGAGGCAGCCGUUCGAGCGCAACGCUCUGAGAUCUUUCCUUCGCCAUGCUAACAAUUCCGAGCGACUCCGUGUAUUGCAAGAACUCGGGAUCGAAGAAGAAGCGGUGGUGGACAUGUUGAUGGAGUUGCAUUCGAGACUCUCUGAGAAGCCUCACCCGGAGGAACCGGAGCCUCGAAUACUCGCGGAUAUCAGGGGAGCAUCUUGGGAGCGAGAAUAUCCCGCGGAUUCACAAAAACGAGGUCACUCGUCGGAUUCCCUGCUUCAAAUACCGACGACAAUGGACACGUCCGAGCCAUCGGAAACACCGUCGACGACAAAGAAGCCGAAGAAAAAGAAGAAAAAAAAGAAGAAGAAGCUUCGUCAAGGUUUAACGAACGUGACCUCGACGAAUAAGCCCGUAACAACGACAACAACGGUAACUCCCAGUCCGGUUCCACCCUUUUUACCGACGACCGCCUCAAAUUGGCCGGCAACGACUCAGGCCCAAUGGCGUCUCGUUGCCGAAAGAUUGUUCGCAGCACCAUGGUCCGAAAAGCAUAACGAAACGCCACUGAGCACGUCCCAAAUUAGAUUGGUCAAAGAAGGGCUAUCUUCGAUCAACGAUAAGCAGCGAGUGAGUCUGAAAACUCUGAAUGACGAGCGUCAAGCUCUCAUGCUGCAAAGUGCUCGCGAAUACUCGCAGCCUCGUCGAUUACAUUACGGGAAAGUGAAUACCCACGAAAAAGGCUCGCCGGAUUCGGAUCAGGAUAACACCGUGAAAAGUUACAAUUCCGAGAGAAACGCUCCGAUCGUUGAUUAUAAUUUGGACGAGAGUAGACCGUACGAGCAGCGGCCAAUCUCCAUGGAUCCUUACGAGCGCUACGGGCACUACGCACGUCAAAGAAUCCGCUACUACAACUUCAAUCCCGUCGAACGAGAACAGGAGAACGAUUACGACGAGGCUUUCGAAGCGCCCGAGGACGUUGGCAAUCAUCGACCCUUCGCAAGAACCCAACCAUUCAGACCGCUGGGAAGGGAAUACGCGUCGACCAAGACCUGGCAAGAUUCUCGCUACGAUUACACGAGACCUUGGAAAGACAAGGCACGAACAACGGGCUUCGAUACCAUCGUUGGCUCGGGGGGCAAUUAUUGGCCAUGGAGAAAUUCACAACGGGAUUACAAAAUUUGGUCACCUCAUUACCAACAAGCUUGGCCACGCGACAGAAACUACUGGCAACGAGUUGGCAACGUCGAGGAUCAAUUGGAAGAAAUAAUGAGUGACGACGACAACGAGAACGAUGUACCACCGGUAAAUCAACAGCGGCAGCAGCAGCGAAAUUGGCACAUGCGUCACGAAGAUUCCAGCAGGUGGCCUCUCGAUCGAAACGUCGACAUUCCCUCGUGGCAGAUUCAUGACAGACCGAAGAGUCACGCUCGCGGAAACUUCCCGAUUGGAAGCCUGGAAAAAAGUAAAAAUCUUUCGGAGCUGAAUAACAAAGAAGUCAUGAUGAAACCGGUCGUCAAAGAUAAUCCGGCGAUGCCGAAAAUCACGAUGAAAACUUGGAACAGCCUCACCUCGGAUCCAGCCACUUGGCCUUUUAAGCUGAACGGCGCGAAGCCAUGGCCCAAGGACAAGAAUGGAAAUUCUUACAAUCCGAACGCUGAACUCGUGAGAAAACUUGGCCUCGACAAGCAAGACCGUUUGUUAUCGUCCGCCAAGGACAUAAGCGGUAUCAACAAAGAAAUCCUACCUGAGGACUCCGGUAAAAACAAAAUUAUCGAAAGUACAGAGAGCGAAGGAGACAAUCGGAAUGAAUUGGAUACUCGAGUUAAUCCGAUCAAAAAUCCAAUAAGUUGGCCAGAAAAAUUGGGUGGAAUCGACGAGUGGAAAUCGAGACCGGAAAAUGAGCGAUUGCCACAAACCGACCAAACUGGACAAAUGUGGUCGGAACAAUUGGCCGACGGAAGAAAAUUGUGGCCUGGACAAUCGCCGAUUUCCCCAAAAAUAUCGUCCGUCGGUGCCUGGGUCAUGCCAGCGGAUCAGUCCACCUGGAGACCGUACGAUCUUAAGCACAAAGUCUACGGGCAGGUCUCCGAUGAACAGCGAUGGAACGGUCCAACCAACUCUGAAGAAACUGACCGACGAACAUGGUCUUCGAAUAACAAAGUGGAGUCGGGUCGCUGGCCGCAGAAGACCGACGAUUGGAACGUCAUCGGCUCCGUUUACGGAGCAGACAAAUCCGCCUCCGCUGGACAUUCGUCAACCUGGCCAAGCAAGUGGCGACAAUUCGCUUACCACAAAGUGACGGCGGCUCCCGUCACCAAAUCUGGCUCUUUGAGCGUCCUCGAAGGAUCGAAUCGACCGCGAAACUCUUACAUCGCAGUUUCAGCGGUUUCCCCACCAAAAUAUCCGAACAACGAGUGGCGCAAGAACGACAUCGAAGAAACCCAGUUGGAUAGAAACUCCGGAGCCAAUCGCGACACGAGCAUCGAUCAGGACGAUCCCACUAGUCAACUCCGUAAAAGUUCCCCAGUUACGAACGAACGGUGGAAGGAGAAAACGAGAAUAGGCCAUGUCAAGGAAAACGACCUUGAUAGAACUCGUAAUGAUCCUUUGGAACAUCAAUUAGAAGAAUUGAGACACCGCCCUUACUGGAAUCACGAACAACUCCACGGACAGACUCAAUUGCAGAAACGAUCGGAUGUGAGCGGAAAUUCAUCGAUCACAUUUGUCACGACCGAGACAUCACGAGUUCCAGUAGAAUCGUCCUCCGUGGAUAACGAGAUUUUGAAAAAUCGUGCGGCAAGUAUGACGAUCCCCGAAAGUCAGACACACGGAAAGAAAAACGUGACGCAGUAACGCGGAGACAUUUGUAAAUGGAUGCAUCGUGAGAAAAAAGGACUUCAACGGAGAGCGGUUACUCGAACAAGAAUUUAUUCGUAAGGUCGUUGAUGCGACGUGUAACAAAACAAAAAAUAUUCGUUAUACAUAUAUAUAUAUAAAAAAAAAAAAAAAUCAGUAUACAUAUGUAAGCAUAUAUAUUUAUAUGUAUAAACACAUAUAAUAUAUAUUGAGGAUCCUUUGGACCAGCUAAAGCAAAUAGAGUGUAAGAAGAAUUACCGACCGAUGCCCCUUCGAAAAACGUCUAACGACCACUUGUCUUAAACUUUUGUCACUAAUUCAGUUUUACGUAUUGCUACUGAAUGUAACGUGUUCCAGAAGUCGAAGCUGAUCUUCGAGCGUAACGAAUGAAUCACGAAAUACUGAUUAUUAAAAAAGUUUUAUCGAAUUAAUGAAUCUCAUAACUCAUGAUAAAUAUAAAAAUAACUUAAUUAACGGGCUACCCGAAUAGAAUAUUCGUCAGGACUCUUUUAACUCGACAUUUCGUAACUUGCCCUUUAAAGUUUGGCUGCGACUUCUGGCACACGUGGGAUCUACCACGGAUAAGAAUAAAAAAAAGAUAUUGAGUUCGUACCAUGAAUACGAUCGUGAGUGAGAGUCGGUUAGUGAUUCGGAUGAAAGGUAUUUCACAUCAUAUCGUUGUCCUCUCAGUGUCUAGAAACUCAGAAAUGAUUUUUUCAUUUUAUUCCAACGUCCGGCAAUUUUAACGAAGUAAUUUUUGUGCCAGAUCUUGCGAUCCACUUACACCAUGCUACGAUGAAACAUUCGACAUUUGAGAGUUAUGGAAUGGAAGAGAAGCGAGUGGCUCACUGUUCAACUCUUGGAGUGAGUUUUCAUGGGAAAAUCAUAUGCUGUGGCUCAGUCCGUCGUAAAGAGCACCCUAUUAUUACCGCAUUUCAAUAUAACAAGAUUUCAUUUAGUUCAGUAAGCUUACGAAUCGUAAACGUAAUCGUUGUUUUAUUUUCUUCAAUUAUCAACUAAUCAUCCCACUUUGAAUAACAAUGAGGGUGGACGAAUGCAAAGAACUGUACAGAAGAAACAAUGUCGAUGAAAAAAAAUCAUCCAAUUUAUGUAACGAGAGGAAAAACUUUUCUUCAUUCACCUACAUAACGAACCUACGUGUAUUCUAGUACGAUGAUUGUUAUUUUAGGACAAUUUUUUACCACUGUGUGACCCCAUGUAAUUAUGUUGGAAUUUCCGAUUGCUAGCAAAGAGAAACGCACAUGAAAUGAAAACAGCUUACGAGCCUAUUACUCCGUGCAUGAUUAAAGUAAUAUGGAAAUUGAAAAAAAAAAAAAAAAAAAAAAAAAAAAACGUUAACACGAAUGAAUCCCAAGCGAAACGGUACGGCAUGCAGUUACGUAUAAAAAUUAUGUAUCUAUUAUUGUACUGAGAGAAUCGAAAAAUAUCUCGAUGCCCAUAAACCCAACGUUUCCCAUUUAUCGAGCCCUCCUAACUUGCGCCCCUCCCCCUGUUCAGUGACUUUAAAUUACUAUUGUAACUAUAUGAUCAACGGUAGAGAGAUAAUUUGGUGGUUAUGGUGUAGGAUGUUUGAGAACAAACAGACGAAAAUAUUCAUGAAUAAAUGUCAUACGUUAUGUAAUAUAAA